GGGGCUGCAGCGGCUGAGGCGGCUGAGGCAGUAGCGGCAGCGGCUGCGACGCGUCCGGGCAGGACUGAGCCUCCCGCUGUCCAGCACGCCUGGGAUGGGUAAUGGUGUGCAGGAAGGCUCCGUGCGCCUGCGAGAGGAUGCCGAAGCCGUCCUGGCCGGGGCCGUCUCCUCGAAGAGAGACCACAGGCAAGUGCUCAGCUCCCUGCUGUCUGGAGCCCUGGCUGGUGCGCUCGCCAAGACAGCAGUAGCCCCCCUGGACCGGACCAAGAUCAUCUUCCAAGUGUCUUCAAAAAGAUUUUCUGCCAAGGAGGCCUUCAGGCUCCUCUACUUCACCUACCUCAAUGAGGGCUUCCUCAGCCUUUGGCGCGGGAAUUCGGCCACCAUGGUGCGAGUGAUUCCUUAUGCAGCCAUCCAGUUCAGCGCACACGAGGAAUACAAGCGCAUCCUGGGCCACUACUAUGGCUUUCGUGGAGAAGCCCUGCCCCCAUGGCCACGCCUCCUGGCUGGUGCCUUGGCAGGAACCACCGCGGCUUCCCUCACGUACCCUUUGGACCUGGUUAGAGCAAGGAUGGCUGUGACGCCUAAGGAGAUGUACAGCAACAUCUUUCAUGUCUUCAUUCGGAUCUCGAGAGAGGAAGGACUGAAGACCCUCUAUUUCGGGUUCACCCCCACCGUGCUGGGGGUCAUUCCCUAUGCGGGGCUCAGCUUCUUUACGUACGAGUCACUGAAGAGCCUGCACCGAGAGUACAGUGGCCGCCCGCAGCCCUAUCCCUUUGAGCGCAUGGUCUUCGGGGCCUGUGCUGGCCUUAUCGGGCAGUCGGCCUCCUACCCUCUGGACGUGGUGCGGCGGCGCAUGCAGACAGCAGGUGUCACGGGCCACCAGCACGGCUCCAUCCUGAGCACGCUACGCUCCAUUGUACGUGAGGAGGGCGCGGUGCGGGGCCUCUACAAGGGCCUGAGCAUGAACUGGCUGAAGGGCCCAAUUGCCGUGGGAAUCAGCUUCACGACUUUCGACCUCAUGCAGAUCCUGCUGCGCCGGCUGCAGAGCUAGGCUAGCACAACAGUGGAUGGUGAGCUGUCAGAGCAGGGGCAUGCAGCUGUGUGCUGGCAGCCCUCUGGUACCUUGAGGAUGGGCAGGAGGGCGGGACCUGACUUGGGGCUGUGGGGCCCAUAGCAAAGUGCUGGCCCUCGGGGUGUGACAUUGUGAUGCUGGAUCUUGGCUGUCCCCUCCUUGCUAUUGGCUGGUGAGUCUCCUGAGGUGUUUCCCAAAAGUCCCUAAUGGGUCAGUUGCACUUCCUAGCCCUGUGCCCUCUGACCUGCUGCUGAUUCUAGUGCCCAUUGGCACACGGGGCUCAGAGCCCAUCCCUUCUUGCUACGACUGUGCCUGCUUGCAGACGUGAUAGCAAUUCCUUUUAAGCCACACACUGGAGGGUCACAGUGUGCUCAGCGGUGGCUGUACCUGUGUCCCUCAGUCCUCCACCAUGCCUGCCUAUCCUCUCCCAGGUGACAAAUGGCUGCUCUUGCCCACAUAGUUUUUUCCCCAGAGCACUGUGCCCAUCCCAUUCCCGAGGGCUGCACCUGACCAUUGACAACUACGUGGCUUGUACCUUUCCAGGAGGCCCCAUGGCCACCAGGCGGCGGGGUGGUGGUGGUGGUGGUCAAGUUCAGACCCCACUGGAAAUGCCCAUGUGGGUGUCACUGACCCAAGGUGUCUCCCAAAGUACCAGUCAGGCUGAAUGCAGGCCCAAAGCCUCUUACAUGCACGGCACCCAUGGAGGUAGGGCUCAAGCUCCUGAAACUGCCUUUGUGGCUGUCAUUCAGCCAGGCCGCAUGAAGCCCAAAGAUGGAUGGCUUUUCCUGUAAGAAUGAGUACAGAUGUGUCCAUGACCUGGAGAGCAGGAACCACCAGCCAGCUGACUCAAGGAGAAGUCCCUGGGGUCCCUAGGGUCACAGGAAACUCUUGCCUUUCCUGGUGUCUGGGUCCUUGAUUGAGGGUCUUUGAGACAGUCCCAGCCAGAAGCCCUGGCUCUCCUGCUUCUGCGUGUUAUCUGAGCUAGUCUCCAACUAGAGCAAUCCUCCUGACUUUAGUCUUUCUUCUUUCUCUCUUUCUCUUCCUUCCUUUCUCUCUUUCUCUCUCUUUCU